UGGAAACAGUUGUGCGGAAAAACGGGCAACGAUAUGGUAGCUACCAAAGUUCAUCUUCUGAUGGCGCUAAACGGCAUUCUAUGCUCUAUCGGAACUGUCGUCAAUUUUCUAGUGAUCGUCGUCAUUUUGAAAAAUCGCCAAAUGCGUAACGAACUCAACUUACUCAUGGCAAGUUUAUCCAUUGCGGAUUUGAUCGUAUGCCUGAUAGCUCAACCAAUGUACAUUGUCAUUUUGGGAAAAGAGACCACUGCUGGGUUUAAAUAUGCCUUUGAAUUAACGGCUUUUAUCGGUGUUCAUGCUUCCUUCAAUAGCCUCACCGGAAUCACAGUAAACAGAAUGGCUGUGCUACUUAAUCCAUUCUCCUACACAAUGUCUCAUCAUCGGACAAGGUUGUAUGUAAGCAUCCUCGGUGGUAUUUGGGGUUCUUCCAUAAUCCUUGCUUACUUUUUCACCACCGACAGUGGAAGAAAAGUAACCCCACACGUCCAUACUUUCAUGUUCGCAUUAUUUAUUUUCACCUACACUUAUAUCUUCUGGGUGGCUCGCAAGCAGGUGCGCAAAAUUUCGUCUCAAGUGCAAUCCGUCUCCUUCAACCACAAGGCCGCCAAGAUCAAAAGCGAAAACAGUGCGGCAAAAACGUCGGCAAUCCUCGUGACUGCCUCGUUGAUAUGCUUUUUCCCUGAUAUCGUGUUUGAUUGGAUGGGAAUUGUUGACAAGAUGAGGUUUGACUGGGCUUUCACCCUCCUGUUCUUAAGUUCAUCGGUAAAUCCUUGUAUUUACGUCAUGAGAAACGAGAGCUUUCGCUUCGCACUACUGCGAACAACACGUUGUAUUCCCGUUUUAAGGGAUCACAUCAUUUCAUCCAAUCGGGUAAAUCCAAUUGGUUUGGACAGUACUCAUAGAUCUAGAGGAGGAGCGUCGAGGAAAGAAAAGGAAAGCACUGUAAAAGGACAAACCGAUUGUGAUCUUGAAGAAAUCGAUUAGAUGAGUUCAUACAUUUUCAAACUGGAGCUCCCUGAGCUCCUCAAGUAACAAGAAGCGUAUACUCAGCCGGGGAGACAUUUUUACAAAUGUCAACGGCCAGACAGAACACUAAUAAAUUCACUUGAAAAUACAAAGAAAAGUUCAAUUACAUUUUAUGAAAGAGGGAUUGAAUACACUGGUUAUCUAAUAGAAGACGUCAAAUCGACAUUUCACAACCUCAGCCUUGAAGCAAAGUUGUUACCAUAACGAGUAGUGUGUCAUGCGUCGGAUAAAAACUACCUGCAGCUGGCGCACGAUUCUAAUAGAUUGUGAUCGUUGUCGAUCAGGAAUAGUAGUUUUUAGCUGAUAAAGUUAUAUCAGUUUCAAAUACUAUACACCCAGAUGGAUAAUUAUGGCAGUUGGCAUGCAGCUUCUUUGCGUGAUUGUCGUAGCUAUAAGUCAUGGUCAAUUUGUGA